CGAAAACAGUGUUGUUUGUAGGAUUACCAACCCUACCUACGAACUUCUAGAAAAGCAUAUUGUUGCUUUUAGAAGGAAAUGUAUGAAAGCAGCUACUGUGGUAUCUUUUGGCCAAGCUGCCUUUUUACAUGUUUCCAGCGACGAUGCAUAUUCAAAUGUGGGGAUAAUACAUAUUGUGGCGCCUACGGUGACAUCUUUACCUUGCUGAAAAUUUUAAUCCCACGAUUUGGUUUUAAAGGGAGUUUUGUCAAGCAAGACAAACCAGAAGAAUUCCGGAAAAAGAUCGAUUACAGAACAAAAGCAAUCCAUUUGAUGUCACCAAGGAUAUGAAUUGCGUAUCUAUCGGUAUGGAGUAAGUCUACUUUCUCUAGGUUUCCCGGGCAAAGAGCUUCGUGGUAUCGCCG